CGGUAGGAGCAGCUUCGCCGCGGAGCUGGCGGAGGCGGCGCGGAUGGUGAGAGGAGCCGCCCGGCAGCGCCUGCCCCGCACUGGCCCGGCCUCCAGAACAACAGGCCUGGUGGAGAAGCCUUCUCGCAAACGGAAAUCCAGAGAAAGCCAGCUAUUGUAAUAUUGGUCUUUGCUGGAAACUGCUGGAAUUCUACUGAAAAUCAAUUUCCCAACUAAAUAUGGGAAGCCUUCCUCCCUUCCCUCACCGAGACAACUAACUUGGUUAAGCUGUAACUGUAGAGACAUGUGAAGAUAAUGACACCCUGUUCAUGUUCCCAACACCUCACGUGAAAGGACUGAAUUUGCCCUACAAGAAAUCAUGUCAUCUGGAGGAGCUGAAGAUGAUAUUCCUCAGGGGGAGAGGAAAACAGUCACCGAUUUUUGUUACCUACUGGAUAAAUCUAAACAGCUCUUCAAUGGCUUAAGAGAUUUGCCUCAGUAUGGGCAGAAGCAGUGGCAGUCCUAUUUUGGGCGAACCUUUGAUGUUUACACUAAACUCUGGAAAUUUCAACAGCAGCAUAGACAAGUACUGGACAAUCGAUAUGGAUUGAAGCGGUGGCAGAUUGGGGAAAUUGCCUCCAAGAUUGGGCAGCUCUACUACCAUUAUUACCUGCGGACAUCUGAAACCAGCUAUCUGAAUGAAGCCUUCUCCUUUUAUUCAGCAAUUCGACAGAGAUCAUAUUACUCCCAAGUCAAUAAAGAGGACAGGCCUGAACUGGUGGUUAAGAAGCUGCGUUAUUAUGCAAGGUUUAUAGUGGUUUGUCUUUUGCUCAACAAAAUGGAUGUUGUGAAGGACCUCGUAAAGGAAUUAUCUGAUGAAAUUGAAGAUUACACUCACCGCUUUAACACUGAGGACCAGGUGGAGUGGAACCUGGUUCUUCAAGAAGUGGCGGCUUUUGUUGAGGCAGAUCCUGUGAUGGUUUUAAAUGAUGACAAUACCAUCGUAAUCACCUCCAACCGACUGUCUGAAACAGGGGCCCCGUUGCUGGAGCAGGGAAUGAUCGUGGGACAGCUCACUCUUGCAGAUGCAUUAAUUAUUGGGAAUUGCAAUAACCAGGUAAAGUUCAGUGAAUUAACGGUUGACAUGUUCCGAAUGUUGCAAGCACUGGAAAGGGAACCAAUGAACUUGGCUUCACAAAUGAACAAACCUGGAAUGCAGGAGUCGACUGAGAAACCUGCUAGGCGGGAAAAUCCCCAUAAGUACUUGCUGUAUAAACCUACCUUCAGCCAGCUGUAUACGUUCUUAGCAGCAGCGUUUAAGGAGCUGCCUGCGAACAGUGUGCUGCUGAUCUACUUGUCGGCCACUGGCGUGUUUCCCUCAGGUCGUUCGGAUAGUGAAGGUCCAUAUGAUUUUGGUGGGGUCCUUACGAACAGUAACCGGGACAUUAUAAAUGGCGAUGCUGUCCACAAACGGAACCAAUCUUACAAGGAGAUGCACUGCCUUCACCCUGGUGAUCUCUACCCUUUCACAAGAAAGCCCCUAUUUAUCAUUGUGGACUCCUCAAACAGCGUUGCCUAUAAGAAUUUCACAAACUUAUUUGGACAGCCACUGGUGUGCUUGCUUUCUCCAACAGCGUAUCCAAAAGCACUACAAGAUCAGUCUCAGCGGGGUAGCCUCUUCACCCUCUUUCUGAACAAUCCUUUAAUGGCAUUCCUAUUUGUCUCUGGAUUAUCAAGCAUGCGCAGAGGAUUGUGGGAGAAGUGUCAAGAUUACCUUAGAAAAAUCAACCGGGAUAUCGCCCAGCUGCUGACCCAUUCUCGCUCCAUAGAUCAGGCCUUUCUUCAGUUUUUUGGGGAUGAAUUUCUUCGCUUACUUCUAACAAGAUUCGUCUUCUGCUCAGCCACCAUGAGGAUGCACAAAAUUUUCCGGCAGGAAACUCGAAAUUACCCUGAAACUUAUCCCCAACUGCCAAGAGAUGAAACCGUGGAGAACCCUCAUCUCCAAAAACACAUUCUGGAGCUGGCUUCCAUCCUGGAUGUUAGAAAUGUGUUCCUGGAAAACACCAUUGAUGACUAUUAAAAGAAAUACUUUUACUGCAAUAGGGUUUCCCUAGCCACAGACUUUGAAUGGUGCAGUUUUCUAAUGUGAAAAUCCACAAAAGGAGUUACUUGAUUUUAUUUUAAAAUUUAGGAUUUUUUUUUUUUUUAAAUAGCUGUUAGCCCAGCUGCCCCAUUCUGUAUGGGGUCAAUUUUAUAAACAAAUCUUUUCACAUCUUUUAAAUGUUAAACUAAGGAAUCCCUGGAGUUUUGUUUUUUGUUUUUGUGGUUGAAAGCAACCACAUCUGAAUCCUAAGCAUAAAAGUAGUAUUGGUCAAUUUUAGCCCGCUUUAUGGAAAUCCUUUAUUUUUAUACAGUUUUAAAAAAUUGGAAGCAAAAACCCAAUAGAAUACCAAUACUUUAUCUCCAAAGAGUUUGGAUUUGAAAUGGUAAAGCUGGAAACACAUAAUGCAAACCGGCAAGAGCAAUAAAAGAAACAGCCCUUCAUAACAAAUAUAUAUAUUUUUUUCAACCUUAGGUGAGUAAUUAGACAAACUUGUGCUAGAACAAAUGGCAGUUGGAUCAGUGGGUUUGGAGUGAUGCUACAGAUGGAUCUCCUAACAUCUAGUGUUCCAUGUAAAUUAGUAAUUUAAAUCUUCUACUGAGCAGCACUGCUGACCAAGAACACAAGUCCCCUCCUGCCUGCUUGGGUGUAGAUGGCAAGCUGGUGGCAUAUAUUACAAAAUUAAUAACGCUGGCCCCAUUUCCUCAGUAUAGUACAGUCUGCCCACCUCCAUAUCUUGGGUCAGAGCCACCACCCUUCUGCCUGAGGAUGCUGGUCCAUAAUUCCUCUUGAGUUAGUUAAUAGAGCUGCUUAAUCACCGCAGGGGGUGGAGGGUGUCUCCCUUCUUACCUUGUUGAGUGAAUGAAGUGAGUGGCUUCCACAAUAUUCUCAGCCCUUGGUGAGUCUGUCCAGAAAUCAAACCAGUCUCCCGUAGUAGUACUGAGUUCCAGCCCUUCCCAACAGAGAAACACCUGGCAGGACACCUCUUGGUGCUGCUGCUGUUGCCUGCUUUAACAAUGGGAUAAUCUUUCAUGGGAUCCUUAUGACCCUAGAACUGCUUUUUUCUUAUGUUAUAAUGAUUGAUAAGUGCUGCCACAGAACACCACAGCCCUUCAUGCGCAUGGUGAGGGCCCAUUGCUCCACCCCACUCCCUACCUGUCUGCUCUGAGUCCUGCUCUGACAGCAUUUUUCAAAUGAGCCAAAGGCAGGCUGAGCAGAGGGAAGGUGUGCGAGGCACAUAGUCACCAACAAACCCCAAAACACAGUUAGUGGGGAUUGGUUCAUAGGUAUAUCAGCUUCUGCUGUGCCCCUUUAAUUGCACAAUAAUUCCACCCAGACCUAGACAACAUCCAGCAGGGCUCUAUAAAGUCUGCAUCAAGGAUCUGUACGAAAGCUACGGUAGAGAAGGUGCUUGCUGGAGAAGUAGGAGGGUAAAGCUACCAAGGCAAUGCCCUCCUAGCUUCAGAACAAGCUCCAGGAGCUCUUGCACCCCUUGACAGAAAGGAGGCAUGGAGGGGGGGAGGGGGGAAGCACUGGAACAGUAGAAGGAUUUUGGCUUCUACAAAGCAAAUGUUCUAAAGACCUAAGCUAAUAGCCUGUAGACACUCAGCUUUGAGACUGGCUCCACUUCAGUUACUGGCAGUAAAAAAGCCAGCUUGUCCCAAAGCCAAGACUGAAGCACAACAAAUUUUUGUAGGCUCCAGUGUUUGGUUUUUAAAUAUAUGUAAAAUGAAUAAUGGGCUUUUAACUGAAAAUACUCAUUCUACCAAGAAGGCGUUCACUUUAAAUCCAGUGAAAGGCAAGUCUAUGGAGAUAUGGAUGGUAAUUUUUGUAUCUGAAAUUGCACAACAGAUUGUCAAAUGGCCUGAAAUGACAGGUCUAGAAAUAGUGGUAGCAAAGCAAACUGUGGUCAUCUUGUUUGUGUGAAUAUAAGGUGUAUGGUGCUGGAAAGGCUGUCUUUUGGCUUUUUGUUCUGCAUGGCUGUAUUGCUGUCUGAAGUGAAGGCCAGUGAGGUGCUCCCUGUACUGUAAUGCUGAAACCUCCAAUAGAGCAAGGACACCAUGCUGGACUCUGUUGUGUCCUUAGAGAACGUAGUGCAUGGUACCAAUGUGGAAUAUUUCAAGCUGUUCCAUGAAAGCUGUUUUGUUCUGCGUUCAUUGCCCCAAUGCUGGAAAAUGGGGAGGAGUUUGAGUAGCCCUUUAAUUUUGAGGUCUAGUCCAAUGUUUCAAUUUUUAAAAUGAGUUUGGUAGCUUACUUACCUUGGUGCCUACUUCAGUGGGCCUUUUCAGAAUCUCACAGUGAUGUGACCAUCUUCUUAAGACAGACUGGACUAGCCAGGGCCUGAGGGUGCUCCAGGUCAGGACUGAUGCCCAUCACCACUGCGGUAGGAGAAUCCAGUGCAGAACAGCGUGGGUGUUAGAGUAGGUGGCAUGAGUGGCGCUUCCAAAGCACUCGCUAGCACUGUGCUGGGCUGUAGCCAAGUCCUUCACUCCCAUGGGCACUAAAAAUCAAUGGAACAUUAUGAGAAGAAUUAUUUCUUUGAGCAGUUGGGGAUGCAGUUCUCGUCUGUGGAGCUGUAUAGCUUUGAUCAACCUUCUUUAGCUGAGAUUGAAUUUAUUUUAAAAUAUGUAUAUACUCGGUGUUUGUGUGUUCAUGUACAGUACACACCCACCUACCUGUUGGGUGUGCUUGUAAAUAUGUAUAGCUAUUUGUAUAUAGGAAGGUCUUGAGAUAAGAUAUGUAUAUAUAAAAAUUAUAGAUACACACGGACACCAGUUGGAUUGCAUUCCAUGAGGGUGUUUUAGAAGCAUUAUUCAAGAUGCUGUAGCUGUUAAGUUUGUGGUUGCAUUACCAUUGUAAUCCUCUAUUUUCAGGGGCUUAUGUUCGAUAAAUGAAAUAAUUUGGGGCUAAAACUAUGUGCAGCAGGCCUCAUCCAGUGAGUGUUUGCAUUAAAGUUUAGGUUUUUUCUUUUGUCAUCACUUUCAUGGAGCAUCCUUUGUAUGCAGACACAUUGGGGAAGCCAUGUAGGAAUAUGGAAAUCUCUGUAGUGGGUAUGGUGUAAUUUACCUCCAUUGGUGGCAUCCCUCUUGCCUUGUACUCCUCUGCUAUCUGGGCUUUAGAACAUCUAGCCAAGGUUACUAUUGUUGCCUUUUUUCCCUUGGUGUCUCAGAUUAACAGCAACAAACAGGGCUGCGGAGCUUCUUAUGAAUUCAGUAAUUUCUAACCCCUCUCCAAGUAUCAAAAGGUGCCACCACUUUGCUGCUUGUGCAUUAGACUCUGACAAAAAUGAAGGUGCAUUAACACCUGUGAAGAAUGGAGUUGGACUCUGGAAAAGUCUCAAACAGUUUUUGUCCUGAUGGAUUUCAAAUAAUAAUCUUCAGCAAAUAGCGCUGAAGUAAUGGCUACUAGGAAACCCUUUCAGGGAGAGAAAAUGAGGACAUUUCUCUCUUAAGAUUCAAAGGGAGCAUAUAGGAAUGGGAAUUCAGGUUUCAGCAGGGGCACUUAUUAGUCUUUGGAAAUCUUAAAAUUUUAGCAGUUCUGUAAAAACUGACCCUUUGAGGAUGGGAGGAGACACUAAUACCUGUGUGUGAAUCUAUGGCUGCUCUUUGUACUGUGAGGGAGCAUACAUAGAAGCCCAAAUUCCAUACAAUGUUGUAGAUAUUGGAGAGUGGAGAAGGCUUCAUGCUGAUUGAUCGGGCUUGAUUCCUUUAUCUUUUCAUUAGCAUCAGAACCAUAUCCAGACUUGUACAUAAACCUUUGAACCAAACUCCUUCCUGGAAGUUAAAAACUUGUGACUCUCUGAAUAGCCCUUCUGUCUUAACACUUUUCUUAAACAGGCUUUGUCUACACUAGACUUUCUCACCAUUACAGCUCAGUAAUGGUAGCAGUGGUAUACUAGAAGCCUUAAUAUAGAGCUGGCAGGACUAGGCAACAUACACCUCUACCCCUAUAUAACGCUGUCCUUGGGAGCCAAAAAAUCUUACCGCAUUAUAGGUGAAACCACGUUGUAUUCAACUUGCUUUGAAUGCAAGAGUGCGCAGCCCCCCCCAAUCCCCCCGGAGCGCUGCUUUGCUGCGUUAUAUCCGAAUUUGUUUAUAGCGGGUCGCGUUACCUCAGGGUAGAGGUGUAGCAGUUAAUACAUUACAAUUGAUCCAUACUAGGGCUCUCACCAAUGCUACAACUGGUAGAGCUGCACCAAUAAGAACCAUGGUAAUCUUAUGGGAAAAGUCUAGUCCAGAUCAUGCCAUCAAACGCUGUGUAAUUGGACUGUGGUACCGUCUGGGUCUGUGUUUGAGGAUGCUGGUGUGGAAGAUUGGAGAAUCGCUAUAAUGGGGGCCAUGCAAGUAAGUCUAUUGCCAUUGCUCUUCAGACCCUUCAUCGUAAAAAGACCCUUUCUUGUUAUUUUGUAACUUUUUUUCCCCCCCCUUCUCCACCCUGGAUGAAGAGAGCUGAGGAUUUCUGAGUUAUUGAGUGGUCUUUCAGAAGAUCAAAGGAAUGAAUUUCCAUUCCUUCUCAGUUUUUCUGCCAACCAGCUGUUGUCCUGAAGGUGCAUUGCUCAUAGAUCCCAGUUUCACCUCCUUCUUUUGAGACUUGAGCCACAGACUUCAAAUACUGCUGACUUGUUCAGUUUAGAUACUGGAGCAGUUUUCAGAUCUUAUUCAGAGGUCAUUCCUCUGCACGUAUUCCUGCAGGGCUAACAAAGCCUGCCAUAUGAGCUGAAGCUGCAGAAACUCUGUUUUGAAUUUUCUAUUCAGACUGUUCCCUAAUAAUUAGCUUACAAGAAGGAACCCCCUGGACUCUGUUACUACCACUUCUCAGUAGCAGUGCUGAGCUGACUUGCUGGAGCAUGGCAUUGCCUAGCAGUACUUUACUUUUAAAAAAGCACAAGGUGCCACUAUCUUCUCCUGCUCCUCCCCUAGGAUCAGCAAGUAGUACAAGGAAAAUGGGGAUGGGAAUCCAGAAAGAUGAACUCCACCUCAGGCAGCCCAUCCACGCAGGAAAUGGGAGCUGUCUGCCUUUGUCUGGGAAUCAGAAUAUUUAUUGAUAAAAGUAAUUUUAUAUUGAAUUGGUUCAAAAUUAUUUUACAGCCAGGUGCCUGUAUAUCCUAUUUUGGUAAAAACAAACAAACAAACCUAUUUUACUUAAAUAUAUAAAGAGAGAAUUUUUUUGGAGCAAAUAAACUUUUCUUGCAAGGUAUCUGUAACUCACCAAAGCAAUGUAAUUCCAGAAAAUAUUCUAUUGUCUUUGGAAGGAAAGGAAUAUAUUAUGACAUAUAUGUAUAUUAGAUAUUAUGACAUAUAUAUGACGACUGGACAUUUCAGGAAGAAGUUACUGUUUCUAAGAGUAAAGUGAGAAUUGAAGUUACUUCAUUUAAAAAAAUUCAGUUUCCACCUUGAUUUUUAUUAGUAAUUCGAAUAACCCCAAGGCCUGCUUAUUGCUGCCAUUGUCAGUUCUAAGCCUCUUUCAGUGCCAGUUUGCAGAUUUCUUGCAUGCUUUUGCUUCUGCCAGCUGGCCCUUGAUGAACCAGUGGCUCUCCAGAUUUUUCUCUUGGUUUAGCUAUACACAAACCUGUCUCAUAGUUGUGGUGACUAGACAAUUUUAAGAGAAUCAAGAGUCCUAAGGAGAUGUUUGGAUAAUACAGGUGGAAGGCAUAUUUAAAUUUCCAUAAAUGGAACUGCAUGCAACCAAAAUGUCUAUACCACCCAACUUAAAUGGGACGAUCUGCUCUAGUUUACAUGAUACAAGCCAAGCUUUUAAUCAGACAGCAGCAGCAGCGUUUUAGGUCAGGAAGGGAUAUGAAUAUGUAGAUCAUGAUAUAUUCAGACUCAAUAAUGCCAUCUUAGCUAGAUGGAAUCCUUACUGUAAUUCAAGUGAGUAAACAUUUACUCUAGAUUACAAUCCUAAGGAACGCUGAAGUCAACCAUGUGUGGAACAAGCAUGUCUGCACUUAGCAUCUGACAUUUUUUUCCCAUGGAGACAAAUGAUUUAUGUAAUUUUUUUUAUAGCUUUGUAUUGUUACUAGAAAGUAACAUGCUUGUUUUUUAACAUGUAUUGUUUGGAGGUCAUAACUUGCUGCCUUAGUGGUAUGAAAGGAAUUUUAAUAAACUGUGGCCAAUGCUUAUAUGUAACUAAAAUGUUGUUGAACUGUGAUGCCAUUUGUAGGGAAUAUACCGUUGUAUUUCUAAUAGGCGCUCUCUUCUGAAGAGAUGGAAGCACAAGAGUUUUACAUGUACUUAUCCUGUUCCAAGUGCUGCUAGUCAAUAGUGCAUGUGAUGAUGCUGUUGGGUAACAAACCUCUGUAAUGGUUCACAAAGCCUGUUUCCCUUUGUUACAUAACCAUUUGUCUUGUUGCCAGUUUAUCUGUCUGUUAUGACUUGAGGUUAAACAAACAAACAAAAAAACUAAAGAGAAAAUAGUCCUGGUCUGACUGGUGUAGUGAGAAACCUUUCUGGUGUGGAGGGAAUCUGAGGUCAUUUUGGUUUUACAAUGUUAGGACAUUUUCCUGCAAAAUGCUAUCAAGAUAAUGUUACACACAAACACCGGUUCAUAUGGUUGAUGUGGAAACCUGAUGUCUGUCUUGUGCAAUACUUAUAAGCUGUUGUCUGUGUUUAAUGCAUCUGAAUUGCUUACACCAUAAUAUCUCAGCCAUGGAUGUUUUCUCAUGUUUCAUCCCAUCUGAUAAAUCUCUUCCCAGCUUUAGUCUGUUGAUACUGAUGAUACUUCAUGCUGUAGUUUGUGCAAAACUGUGAGAGAUUAUGUGGGUUUCAAUGGCAAAUAUCCCAACAAGAUGGUAAUGGUGGGUUUAGGACUGCCUAAUGGCCAGUGGCGACUUGCUCCUCAAAAGCAUAGUCUGUGUAUGUGCCAUUCUUUUGCUUGCUGCUGCUGCUGCUGGGAAGACUUAUUCCACUAAACAGACUUUCCAACUUAACACUGUGAUUCUGCACAGAGCUGAUACAGCAUCAAGGGAACGAAAUACUGUAACAAUGUUUGUUGCAUUGAAUGACAAUAUGAAAAGUGGUUUUUUUGCUGUUAGUGUGUUGAUGACAUUUUCACAUUGGUAAAUGUUCUCUCAGAAUGUGACUACAUUCAUCAGUUGUGAACUAUUGUACAUGAAUUUUGUAUCUGAAAUCCACUCAAAUUAUGUGUAUUACCAAUAUAAAAUAAACAUAUUUGCUUAAAA